AUGGUACUGGUCGUUGCUAGCGGCUAUGGUAUUGGCGCAGUAAUACUGUAUAUGAAGAAAAUUAUCCUUGGUUAUAACACCCCCACGACCUACGCACGUCGGCUGCAUUUCGUGUGGCAGGUGGAAACACUUGGUAAGGGCCUUGAAGCAAUGGCAAAGGAGUUUAACAACCCUUUUAGAUAUUGCUCGGAGGAGGGGCAAGAUCUUCUCAAUGAUCUUUUACAAGACGAUAUACUGGACAAUGGCUAUGGUCGUCUCCAUUCUUUCAAUUUCAAUCUAUGUGACGAAGGACAAGCUCGCCCAGGUUCAGAUAUAACAACGUUACGUGAGGUUUCCAUGUUGCCUCCUGACCAUCUGAACGUUAACCGUAAACAGCGGAAGCAGGCUUUAUGUGACGGGCCAAUGAUCCUUCUUACACUGACCAGUAAAGGUUUCCGUCAUAAAUUGAACUACUAG